AUGGCAAACCCUGAAUAGUAAUUUUUAUCAAGUGACUAUCUCUUCAAGCUUCUCUUGAUAGGAGACUCUGGAGUGGGAAAAUCAAGUGUACUCCUUCGUUUCGCUGACAACAGCUACUCAGAGAGCUUUAUCGCAACAAUCGGAGUAGAUUUUGUAAGUCCUAUACAGAAAAUUAAGACAAUAGAAGUAGAGAACAAAGUGAUCAAACUUCAAAUCUGGGACACUGCAGGCCAAGAGAAAUUCCGCACAAUUACUUCUUCUUACUACCGAGGUGCUCAUGGUAUCAUUAUUGUGUACGAUGUAACCAACAGAGAAUCAUUUGAUAAUGUGAAGAACUGGAUAAAUGAAAUAACGAGAUACGCCAGUGAAAAUGUCAACCGCUUAUUAGUGGGAAACAAAUCGGACUUGGAAGGUAAAAAAGUUGUCACUUAUGAGGAAGGAAAAGAACUGGCUGAUUCUUUAGGAAUAAAUUUUAUUGAAACUUCAGCCAAAACAGCUUCGAAUGUCGAACAAUCAUUUUUAAGAAUGGCUGGGGAAAUCAAAGGAAGAAUUGCAUCAGCAGGCUCAAAGACAACUGGGGCCCAACCCAAGGGACAAAGAUUGGCGGGACCAGGAAAAUCGAUAACCCAAAAGAAAAAUAGCUGCUGCUAACUAUCCCCCUCUGUGAGCAACAGAAGACUUUUUUCGCUUGCGGAGGAGGUUAUUAAAAAUUUUAUAUAUAAAUCUUCUAGAUAAUUUUUUAAAAAAUCGUCAAUUCGAAAUAAUUUCAAAGCAAAUAUUAAUUGUUUAAAAUUAAAAUGAAUAAGCUGCAGAUUUCGUAUAAUAAUUAUCACUUAUAUAUCAAACAACUUUUACAUAAAAAAAAUUUUUUGUUCGCUCACGUAGUGUGGGUUGUACGAAAAAAUAGAAUUUUUCUAAUGUUUUAUUUUUAGGAGGGGGAGUAA